AUGGACAUAGAGUGCGCUGAAUUACCACAAGAAAUCAUAGAAUUAAUAUCCAAAAGGCUGACAGUCUACUCCGACUAUCUCCGAUUCCGAUGCGUAUGUCACAGUUGGAAUUCCUAUGUUCCCAAAACCCCUCUCCAUCUACCACCUCAACUCCCAUGGCUCAUGGUUUCACAUAAUUCCUUCUUUGACCCAUCCACCAACAAAACCCACUACAUCAAUGUCCCUCUAUCUUCUACUUACAAAACUCGUAUAUGCGGUUCUUCUUUUGGCUGGCUCGUCAUUCUCCACCAAAUCUGGCAGGUUCGGCUUCUCAACCCUAUAACACACGCCACAAUUUCUCUUCCUUCUCUCAGCACUUUGCCAGAGUUUGUUAGACGGCCUUUGGAUUGUAAGAGUAACCAAUUCCUUAGAAAAGUUGUCUUGUCGUCUAACCCAUCUGAUAGCGACGACUUCGUAGCAAUCACCAUUGUUCAUUUAAGUUGGUUAGCAUUCUGUAGAAAAGGCUAUGAAUCUUGGGUUCUCUUCACUAUCAAUGAAUAUUAUGAAUGGAUGGAUGUUGCAUUCAAAAACGGUUUGUUCUAUGCUGUGAGCACGAAAGGAAUGAUAGCCGUGUGUGAUGUUGAAGCUCCUCGACUCUCCAUUAUUAAGACGACAAACCCUGUCGAUUUAUGGUGUGAUAUGCACUAUCUUGUGUUUUCCGGGGAGGACAUGUUGCUGGUCUCUUCCUUCUUGCUAAGGGAAUAUGUAUCUCGCUCAGAGUGGUUUCAAAUUUUAAAGAUGAAUUGGAAUGAACUAAAGUGGGAAGAAAUUCAAACUUUAGGCAAAAAGAUGUUGUUUGUAGGGUCGAUGUCUUCUGUUUCUUUUUCUGCUGCUGAUUUUGCUGGAUCUCCUCCAAAUCGUAUCUAUUUCAUUAACGAUGUUUAUAGGAAAAACGAUUUUGGCAUCUUUAGUUUAUCAAGUCCAAGCCUUGAGUUGUUGGUCCGUUAUAAACUAAAUUCAGUUCCUAGUUUUAAAGGUCCAAUUUGGGUUACACCAAAUCCGCGAUGAGCUAAGUUUAUCAGUAGGGUAUAUUAGAUGGAGAAAUUCAAAUGCAAAGUUGUGUCUAAGUUGCAGCAGCAUAGCAAGAUUAUGGUAUUAUUGCAGUAAUCUCGUUUACUUUAAACUUGUCUUGUAUGUGUCUACUUAAAUACUUUGGUGAACUU